AUCAGAAAAUUUCUGCCAGAGGAGAACCCUAUGACAGCAACAGAGGAGUUAAAAAAUACCAAUGUCAGGAAUGUGGGAAAUGUUUUGCCAGGCAUUUCUUCCUUCAGUUGCACCAGCACGUCCACACAGGAGAGAAACCGUACAAAUGCCAGGAAAGCGGAAGGUAUUUUACUUCCACUUCAACUCUUCUUGCACAUGAGAGUGUCCACACAGGAGAAAAACGAUACAAAGGCCAAAAGUGUGGAAAAUCUUUUAAUCACAAUUUAAACCUCCUGACACACCGGAGAGUCCAUACAGGAGGGAAACCAAACAAAUGCCAGAAGUGUUCACACCUUUUCGGACACCAGAGAGUCCACACAGGAGAGAAACCAUACAAAUGCCAAGAGUGUGGGAAAUGUUUUGCUAACAAUGCAAAUCUUCUGACUCACCAGCGAGUCCACACUGGAGAGAAACCGUACAAAUGCCAGGAAUGCGGAAAAUGUUUUACAUACACUUCAACUCUUCUUGCACACCAGAGUGUCCACACGAAAGAAAAACCAUACAAAUGCCAGGAAUGUGGAAAAUCUUUUAAUCACAAUUCAUGCCUCCUGACACACCGGAGUGUCCACACCGGGGAGAAACCAAACAAAUGCCAGAAGUGUGGGAAAUCUUUUAAUCGCAGUUCAAACCUACUGACACACCAGAGAGUCCACACAGGAGAGAAACCGUACAAAUGUCAGAAGUGUGGGAAGUGUUUUGCUCAGAAUUCAGGCCUUUUUAAACACCAGAGAGUCCACACUGGAGAGAAGCCAUACAAGUGCAAAGAAUGUGGGAAAUGCUUUGCCCAGAGUUCACACCUUCUUGGACACCAGAGAGUCCACACUGGAGAGAAACCAUACAAAUGCCAAGAGUGUGGGAAAUGUUUUGCUAAUAAUGCAAACCUUCUGACUCACCAGAGACUCUACACUGGAGAAAAACCAUACAAAUGCCAAGAAUGUGGAAAAUGUUUUAUUUACACUUCAACUCUUCUUGCACACCAGAGUGUCCACACGGAAGAAAAACCAUACAAAUGCCAGGAAUGUGGAAAAUCUUUUAAACGCAAUUCACACCUUCUGACACAUCAGAGAGUCCACACAGGAGACAAACCUUACAAAUGCCAUGAUUGUGGGAAAUCUUUCAAUCGCAAUUCAAACCUCCUGGCACACCAGAGAAUCCACACAGGAGAGAAACCAUACAAAUGCCAGGAGUGUGGGAAAUGUUUCACAGAUACUUCAACCCUACUUCUACAUCAGUGUGUCCACACAGGAGAGAAACCUUAUGAACGCCAGGAGCAUGGGAUAUCUUUUAAUCACAGUUCAAACCUCCUGAGACACUGGAGAGUCCACAUAAAAGAGAAAGCGUACAAAUGCCAGGAGUGUGGGAAAUGUUUUACAUACAAUUCAAGCUUUCUUGCACACCUGAGUAUCCACACAGGACCCAAAAUAUUCAAAUGUGAAGAAUGUGGGAAAUGUUUUGCUCAGACUUCAAGUGCUCUGACACCGCAGGGAGUGUACACAGGAGCAAAAUCACACAAAUGUCAAGAUUGUGAGAAACAUUUAGUUGAGAUUUCACACCUUAUGACACACGAGAAACCCCACUCGGGCAAGAAACUAUACAAAUGCCAAAAGUGUGGGAAAUCUUUUAAUCGCAAUUCAAACCUCCUGACACACCAGAGAGUCCACACUGGAGAGAAGCCAUACAAAUGCAAAGAAUGUGGGAAAUGCUUUGCCCAGAGUUCACACCUUCUUGGACACCAGAGAGUCCACACUGGACAGAAACCAUACAAAUGCCAAGAGUGUGGGAAAUUUUUUGCUCACAACGCAAACCUUCUGACUCAUCAGAGAGUCCACACCGGAGAAAAACCAUACAGAUGCAAAGAAUGUGGAAAAUGUUUUACUCAGAGUUCACACCUUCUCGGACACCAGCGAGUCCACAUUGGAAAGAAAUCAUAUAAAUGCCAAGAGUACAGGAAACAUUUUGCUGAGAAUUUACACAUUCAGGGACACAAGGGUCAGGUGAUAUAAAUGCAAGCCAGGGAUUUUUUUCAUGUACACCAGAUAAUUCAAGUUGGAUAUCAUGUGGAAUGAGAGAAUCCACACAGGAAAGAAUCCAAAUAAAUACAGUGGUGCCUCACAUAACAAGCGUACCGUUUAACGAUGAAUCCACAUUGCGAUGCGGAUUUCCCCAUUGCUAAUGCGAGCGCAUGCUCGUAUUGCGAUAGGGGAACAGCUGUUCGGCGGUUCUAAAAUGGCCGCCAGACACCAAAAAUGGCCGCCGG